AUGUCCAAUCCUUCUGCAGCUUCCUUAUAUGCUUCAACAUUAUCCCCUCCCAGCUCUAGGCCAAUGUCACCGGCUAUACAAGGCUCUUCGGUUACAAUUUCAGAACCAGUAUUCGAUGCUUAUCCCGGGCGCGGCAUAUCGGACUCAGUCUUCGACAAGCCAGGAGAACCAGUGCAUGAAAUUAUUCAAGCUUUCGUCCCAAACGUAUCGGUGUACGCCUCUGAUGAUACAGAAAUUCUGAUCAAGGAGAAAGGCUUUCGCAAUGGUCUCUGGGAGUUGUUACGGCCUUUUGGCGAGAACAUUCAAGGCAACGUCACAGUACGGGAUAGUCAUGGAAUGAGCCGUGUAUUUGAGGACUUUGCUAUCCGAUUCACAAAAUUGGGUGAGAAUAUUCAGAAUCUAGGUUCAACUGUCUCAAACUCUCAGCGGACAUUGGUCAAUACCAAUCAAAAAAGUGCCCCAGAAAACACGGAGAGAGACAAGGUUGCCCUUGCUCAGAUCGAGAGCGUCGUUGAUCGGCAUUUAUCCUUUGCUGAAGGUUCGAUUCCUAGGCCGCCCUCACCAGCACUGGACACUUUACGGCAAGGUCUAGAUCGUGAUUCUGCAUCACCAUACUAUUCCCUAUAUUUGAGGCGCUUAUUGUCCGGCACGCCGAUUACACCACACGAAACUUUCGCGCAUCCUGUGGCUUGUGUCAUAGCUAUUAGCUCUCGAAAUGGCGCACCUAUUGAAGAAUUGAGGAAACUGUACUCUGAGAGUAAUGAGGGUAACAGAAAGCUGCCUCUUUGGGCGGACAACGACUAUCUUAGAUAUUAUGUCCUUGUUCACGAUGAAGAAAAUGAUGACAUCACCCGGUCAAUGGGCUUCUUUGAGCAGAUGAAGCGCCACCUAGGUCUGCAUUGUCACCUUCUCCGAUUGCGAUGCAGUAAAAGCGCGGAAACAGACGACGACAGCAUGCCACUGCCAUGCAGUGAUUGGAUGCCCGCUGCCGAGGAGCUGGCUAGGAUUCACAGGAGUGAGGAUGGGGAGGAUUUUGAAGACCCCACGCAGUAUAUCUUUGAAUCUGACGCAACGGCAAUACGAACAUUUGUUCGAGAAAUGGUUACACAAUCAGUUAUUCCCACAAUGGAGCGGCGUAUCUCAGUAUGGAAUGACCAGGUUGCAUCACGCCGAAGAGGCAUCACAGGUCGUUUCAUGAAUUUAUCUCGGAAAUGGACAGGAUUUGGAAGCACCUCCAGAUCUUCCUCAAGUGGGAGCCACUCAAGAGAUAACUUUGAUCAUUUGGGGUAUUACCGCGCUGAUUCGGCCGAGGCUAUCAUUCGAAAGCUUGCUGAUUUCGCUUUCAUGCUGCGGGACUGGAAGUUGGCUCAUUCAACAUAUGAAUUAUUGCGUUCGGAUUUUGGUGAGGCAAAGGCUUGGAAAUAUCAUGCAGCUGCGAACGAAAUGGCGGCACUCAGCUUAUUGAUGACAACGCAAAUCUCGGCCUCGAAGACACGCGCAGACUCCGUUGAUCAAAUGCUCGAGUCGGCAUUUUACUCAUAUAACACCAGAUGCAGUGCUCCAUUUGGUGCCAUUCGGUGUCUGCUCCUUGGCUUGGAGUUGUUGAGGGCAAAGGGGGGUGCGUAUGUCGAUGAUGCCAGCAGAUGGGGUCUUCGGUUGCUUGAAGCCAGGAUUUUAGGGCCAGUCGGUGAUGCUUUACUUAAAGAGCGUCUCUGUAUUUGCUACUUAUCUAAACUCGGCGUUGGUAGCUGGGGCUGGGGCAGUCGAUAUCGGAAAGCCGCCAUAUGGAGUAUACUGGCUGCACAAUCCUGGAAUCAACAGGGCAAGUAUCUCCCAGCCCAAAGAUGUCUGAGUGAGUGUCACAACAUCUAUGGAUUCCUACCCCACAGCAAAGGCAUAGCACAGUUUCGAACCGCAGAAGAAUACAUGCACUCUCUAAGACUUGAGGUUCUAGAGAAACUUAAUUUGUCUGAUGCUGCUAGGUCGGAUCCGGGAAGAGAGGGCACUCCAGUCAUCGAUGUUGAAAGUCAAACAUUCACGAAUUUGCCUUCCAAAAGGGCAAGCACGAUUUCGAGAACUGGCAUGUUGGAAACAGCUCCACUUCGAGGAGAGAUCACGGCCGACUAG